AACGGAAUUGACAGUCAACGAGCUCUUGUCUUUUGCUCCACUUGAGCACAAAAUAAACCACUUACAUUGAAAGGGUUGACGCCAGCUGACUCGGCGAAGGGGUUGUCAUCAAACGCCGACAUUUUCUGAAAGACUCGGUGAUUUAAUCCUCUGUGAGCGGGGUAAUAAACAACGAACUCCUCACCGCCGCCGAAGUUGCCUCUUCAAGUCACUUCCUCGACUCAAGAGGAGCGCGCAUGCGCAAUCAGCCUACUGGACGAUGGCGUCACUGCGCCACGCACAUAACCCAGGAGUGUUUCCGCUGACCUGUGCAGUGCAGAACUAUGCAUGGGGAAAAGUGGGGCUGGACAGCGAAGUAGCCAAACUGGUGCUUGGUGGAGACCCGCUGGCUGUCAUCGAGGACGGCAAACCUUAUGCAGAGCUGUGGAUGGGCACCCACCCAAAAGGUGACGCCCAUAUCAAAGACAACAGGAUCGCGCAGACCACGCUGGGCCAGUGGAUUGCCCACUUCCCAGCAUGCCUGGGUUCCAAGGUCAAGGACACCUUUCAGGGGCAGCUGCCCUUCCUCUUCAAAGUCCUCUCGGUGAACACCGCCUUGUCCAUACAGGCUCACCCCAACAGGGAGUUAGCUGCCCGUCUCCACGCUCAGUUUCCAGAGCACUACCCAGACAACAACCACAAGCCAGAGAUGGCCAUCGCGCUCACACACUUCCAGGGUCUUUGCGGCUUCCGGCAAGUGGAGGAGAUCCUCGGAUUCCUUAAGUGCGUGCCGGAGUUCCGCGCCCUGGUGGGCAACAAAGCGGCUGAGGAGCUGCAGUGCAGCGCGGGUGACGCGGUCCGCGCCAAGCACGCGUUGAAGAAGUGCUUCACGAGGAUGAUGAACUGUGAGAAGAAAGUGUUUGUGGAUCAACUCAACAUGCUUGUCAAGAGAGUCACUGAAGAAGGUGCGGCAGGCAAGGACACGGGAAGCAGCAACGGCGAGCUGCUGCUCCGCCUCCAUUCCCAGUACCCCGGAGACAUCGGCUGCUUCUCCAUCUACUUCCUCAAUCAUGUGCUCUUGGAUCCCAACCAGGCCAUGUUCCUUGGAGCUAAUGAACCUCAUGCUUACCUGUACGGAGAUUGUAUCGAGUGCAUGGCCUGCUCCGACAACACGGUGAGAGCCGGCCUGACCCCGAAGUACAUCGACGUCAACACGCUUUGCGAGAUGCUCAAUUACAGCCCGGCCCCUUCUGCCGCCAAGAUUUUCCCGCCGGUUCAGGACGGCUCGGACCCUUGCGUUACCGUCUAUGACCCCCCGGUGCCGGACUUCACCGUUAUGAGGAUACAGGUGCCCGCCUCCGUGAAGCAGUACACAGUGGCGCCCGUCGACAGCGCCAGCAUCCUUCUGGUCAUCGAAGGCGACGCCACCGCCACCUCGGCCGCCGCGCUGUCCGACGUCAGCCUGAGGCGCGGAAGCGUUUUGUUUGUGUCGGCCAACGAGAGUGUGCUGCUGCACGUGGCCUCGCCGUCGGGCGUGACCAUGUUUCGGGCCUGCUGCCUAUUGUAGUUGUGAGUCGAGCGUGUGUGUUGACGGUUGCUGUGAUUUUAGACUCAGACGUCAGCGACAUUAAGCGGUGCAAAUACAUUUACUUUUGUUAGGUGCUUAGAUGAAGAAAAUACAUGGAAAACAACCACUUACACAAUGUUGUAAUCACUUGACCCUGACAGCUAACAUUUACACCGGGGGUGUUCAAACUACAGUCCGGGGGCCAUUUGUGGCAUGCUGCCCAUUUUUUGCAGCCUGCAGCAACGCGUAGAAAUUGCACCCAUAAGUGCGAUGCCCCUGAUAACUCUUACGACUAAAUAUAUUAUAAUCAGAGGUGGGUAGUAAUGCACUACAUUUACUCACUUACAUUUGGAUAAAUUUGACUUUUCAGAGUAGUUUGAAUUCACCAUACUUUUUACUGUUACUUGAGUAUUUAUGUUAAGAAGAAACAAUACUUUUACUCCAUUGCAAUGAUCGACAUGCCGGUUGCUAAUGUAUCCAUUAUUGCGUGUGCAAUGUAUUUUUAGACUUCAGUCUUCGACUCCCGCAUAGGGCGCCGUUGCGCCAAUCCAACGUGAUCACUAGUGUCAUUUGACACCAAUUCACCAAUCAGAUGGCACAAGGCAGUCAUAUGACUGAACAUAAACCCUUUGUGGGCCAAUCAAAGGGACUCAUUUGGGGAUGAGGAUGUAAAGUGUUUACUUUACAUCCUCAGAAUAACAACAGCUUUAUGAUGCAGUGUAGUUUUGUGUCUGCCCAAACGUGGAUAUUUCAGCCCAAUUCUGACUUGAGAAAACACCUUAUGGUAAGUUGCAGAUGUUUCUAUUGUUGUUAUGGCAGUGCAUAUGGCAACAUUAACCAUAUUUUAUGGUUAUAAGUCACUGCAAAACAUGUUCGUUGGGUAUACAUGCCGUGAUGUUAUCGCUCUCUUGCGCGCGCGCACACACAGACUAUCAAUAACUCUGUUCAGCAAACAGCUGGUUCAUUCAGUCAUUUCAGUGAAUAGAGCAAAUAAUGUUUCUGUAGGGCCCAACGCAUGUGGUGUUCGUUUUUGGCUGCUUAACAAAUUUAAAUGGUGGCAGGUGUGUGUGGACUCCUAUAUUAUUUUCAUUUUAUUUUACGUUCACGCUGUGAUUUUUUAUUUUUUUUUAAAAAAUAUGUAUAGAUAAGUAAGGGCGGCACGGUGGCCGACUGGUUAGAGCGUCAGCCUCACAGUUCUGAGGACCCGGGUUCAAUCCCUGGCCCCGCCUGUGUGGAGUUUGCAUGUUCUCCCCAUGCCUGCGUGGGUUUUCUCCGGGCACUCCGGUUUCCUCCCACAUCCCAAAAACAUGCAUAAAUUGGAAACUGUAAAUUGCCCGUAGGUGUGCAUGUGAGUGCGAAUGGUUGUCUGUUUGUAUGUGCCCUGCGAUUGGCUGGCAACCAGUUCAGGGUGUACCCCGCCUCCUGCCCGAUGAUAGCUGGGAUAGGCUCCAGCACGCCCGCGACCCUAGUGAGGAUAAGCGGCUCAGAAAAUGGAUGGAUAGAUAAGUAAGAUGUUACUCAGCAGUUACUCUUUACUUUAGUGGUUUUUAUACUGAAUCUUAAGUAAAUAUUUUGAUGACUACUCUUACUUGAGUUUAGUCAAACAUUGUACUCGUCUACCCACCUUUGAUUAUAAUAUAUAACAUACAUAUUAUAUCAGUGGGUCUAGGACUUGUUACACUAAGUACUACCUCAAAAAUGUACCACCGUAAUGAUCAACAAAAUAUAGUAGCAUAGUCGGCCUGAGUGUUUAUCAAAAACAAGACCGGGGUUUUAGUCCUAAAAAGUCCAUUUAGCUACUGUAGCUACUGUAAAAUUAUGCGAAGUUUGAACAUUUAACACUACGCUUACAUAUAGGAAAAAAAAAAAAAAAACUGCCCUUAAUGGUUAAAAUGUUUUGGACAUAAAAGUUAUAUAAAGUUUGUAUGUAGUAAAUAUUUAAAAACAAAGAGUUCUUAAGGAUUAAGUGCAAAUGUGUUUAAAAGUUAAAUACAACUGAACUGUACUUAACAAAUGUACUUUACUGGAUUAAAGAAAAGAAUCAAGCCAAUGUUACAAUAUGCACAGUUUGAACUUUUGAUUCCAUUUUUCCUUUAGCCGGCCCUUGAAGGAAAAAGUUUGGACGCCCCCUGAUUUACACGGUUAAAAUGUAGGUGGAAAAACAUUUUGCAAUCUACUUUGUCAGACUCUGGGCUGAUGAAAAUCACCGGGUAGCACCUGAACGGUGAAAAUAUGUUUCAUGAAGCAUAUAUCUUCUCACCAUUCAUCCAUCACAGUGCGGUGAAAAGCACAGUUAAAUGUCUUAUGGACCUCUAGAUUCUUACGUCACGUCAAACAGGGUUGAUUCAUUUAUUUGGAUAUGAAAACUUUUGGUUCUUUGGAUUUUGUUGCUGACACUGAAGGGAAACGUCUUUGUCAUGGGAACACAACUUGGAAACAGCGAAGCAUGUUCUUAAAAAAUGGAAACUGCUAGUUCUGUAGCUAGUGGAGAAUGCAAACGUGUUCACAACAUACAGACUGAGGCGUAAUGCUGAAACGUUGACAUCAGUGCUGAGUGGCCAAUAUUAUAUACCGAGGGAAAAACAUGGAAACAUUUAUGUUGGUGCGGAAUGCCAUAAGACUGAAACACACAGGUGCAUAAUAAGGAAACAGAAUGUGGCGCGAUGCUGAAAGAUGUUUAAACGUAAAGAAUGCCGUAUCAUUUGAACGAGUUCAGAACACAGAAAUAUUUACAGUGGCGCAGAAUGAAAAAAUGUGUUCAGAAAGCAGGAUAAUGCUGAAACUUGCUCAUAUCAAUGCAGAAACGUGUUCACACUAGUGGACAAUGUGAAUACAGCAUACUGCACCAAUGAGAACAUAUUUACACAGGUGUAGAGUUAGGAAAUGUGGAAUAAUGCCGAAACAUGUUCACACUGGUGAAAAAUGCUGAUCCAUAUUUACUAUGGAGCAGAAACAAGUUCAGAAUGUGGCAUGAUGCUGAAACUCAAUCAUUGGUGCAGAAUGAUAAAACAUUUACAUGAGUACAUAAUUAUGCUUGAACAUAUUUGCAUUACAUGAAUAAUAAUUAUGAUGUUAUGUAUAAUGCGUAAACAUUUGAAUUUAGCCUAAACGUGCCCACAUUGACAUUGCUGCACAACGUGGAGACGUGCAGAAUAGGGAUCGAUGCUGAAACACUGGUGAAGAAUCCUGAAAGGGAUUUACACUGGUGCAGAAUUGUGAAACAUAUUUCCACUAGUCCAGGAAAUGCUGAAACAUGCUGGUGCAGAAUGCGUAAAAAAAUAUUUACAGUAGUGUAGAAUGCGGAACAUGUUUGAAAUGUGGGAUCGUGCUUAAAUACUGUAAUACUGAUGACGAAUGGAGAAACGUGUGCAUGAAAAAUGUGGAAAUAUUUAUUGUAGGGCAAACUGCAGGGACACCGUUGUGGGAUAGAGAUAUGUGAAGAUUCAACAUUUUGUACGUGCGGUGAACCGAAAGUUGUGCCGUGUAUACGUUCCCUUUUGGCUCAUAUAAGCUCGUUAGUCUAUAAGGAAUUUUUGAAAUGCCUGCUGCAUAUCUCUUAAGUGUACAUGUAUUGAUAACUGUGCGGAGAAUUGACUACUGCUUGUUACCCAACUUCCUCUUCCAUCUUAUCCAGUGGAACCUCUGAAGUGGAACGCAAAGCUGGUUGACUUCCAAGUUGUCCUCAUUUCAGAUCUAUUAGCAUACAAGGAAUUAAUGUUAGCUCAUUUAGUAUAGUUACAAUGCAUUGUAAUGCCCCCAAAUAUAGUUGAUAGUCGCAGCUGUAAUUUUAAUACUUAACUAAGAAAAGUGUAAAUAAUUGUAAAAAUACAACUAUAACAGUAAAAUGACUCACCUUUGAAGUAGUAAAAAUAGGGUUUGGCAAGCUUCUCUGGUCAUUUUUUAGCAGUUCCAGUUCAAUGGUUGUCAUCACACACUUCCUCUUUGGAGGUUCCAUUGUAUUUACUGUAUAUAAAAAAGAAAGAACAAAUUAAAUCCCAGAAAUGUUUGCUUCUGUCGAAAAAUCUCACAAAGCAAAAAAAUAAUUCAAGUUAAUGAAGUUCAUUUACAAAAUGCUGCAUCAACUUUUAUAAUAUAGCAAAGUUUUUAAUUUUUUUUAUAUUUUGUCCUUGUCAAAAACAUGCAAACAAGAGAUGGACUUGAUGUAUUCUUUAGUUGGGGGACAUAGGUUCAAGACCCCUGGACCAUCCGCCAACAUCCCCUGGACUCACGGCUGUGGUGUCCUUGAGCAAGACACUGAUACCCCGAAAUGCUCCCCGGGACGCUUCAGCUGCCCCCUGCUCCAGUGUGUUCCACUAACAUGUGUAUGUGUUCACUGUGAUGGGUUAAAUGCAGAGAACAAAUUUCGUGUGCAUGCAUGCAUGUUCAUGACAAUAAAAGGUGAUUCUUCUUCUUCUUAAUAUUUCCUUUGUUACCUACAGCCAAGAAGUGCACUUUGUUCCAACCAACUGGAAGUUAUUAUUUCACUUCCAUUUGUGAUGAUGAUGUUGGUUUUGAUCAUCCAUCCACUAUCUGAGCCGCUUAUCCUCACAAGGGUCGCGGGAGCGCUGGAGCCUAUCCCAGCUAUCAUUGGUGUAAUAUUUGACAUGCUCCUAUCCUGUCAUUUGAAAUAUUCCUGUUUGAAUAGCAAAGAUUUUUGUCAAUUUAAAGUUUCUGCCUUUCCCCCCCCCCCCUCAACUUUUCAUUCGGUCACGUGUUUGUUGCCAAUCUAAUUUGCACUUUACUCACACAAAUGUGAUUUUUAAUUAUCAUUCUAUGAGAGCGUUGUUGUUGUUGUAGACGUUCAUUCCUCAAUAUUUGUGAGCAUUUUGGAGCAAGCCCUUGGUGUAGCAUGGGUACUGCAAAAAAUGUGAACAUCAGUGGUUCAAUAAAAGCUUUGUGCUGUUA